UGAAAUUAUAAUACUCUUUCAAAUUUAAAUCAGUUUACUUACGGCGGACACAUUGCAGUGCUCAGGUAACAGUGCCUUCUUCUAAACUCCUGAACAGCAAGGAGAUGAGGUGACCUACAGAGCAAAUUGUAGCAGAGAACAUGGAGCCAGAAUUUGAAUUGGAAAUUGUGACCAAGUCAAUCGAGAAUCAAGAUGAUCUUGAAUUUCCUCAACCUGACCUGCCUCUGCCUCAGAAAGGAUCAUUCAACUUUGCCCUCCUUUCUGCAUCUGUAAUUGCUUCCAUAAGUGGACUUAUCUUUGGCUAUGAGCUUGCAAACAUUUCGGGAGCGCUUCUGCAACUGACCAUCGAUUACCAGCUUACCUGCAGGAUGCAAGAAUUACUUGUCAGUGCAAUCUUAAUUGGAGGCUCAAUGGGUUCCAUUGCUGGUGGUUACAUGAUUGAUCGAUGGGAAAGAAGGAUAGGAAUCGUUCUAACAACUUCGUGUUUUGUAAUUGGCAAUGUCAUUAUGUCUUCCUCUAUGUCCUACCCAAUACUCGUUCUGGGUCGCAUCAUUGUGGGAAUCGCUACAACCUCAGGUGUAUUUUCAGCAUGCAUUUAUCUGUCAGAGAUUGCGCCAUUCAACAAAAGAGGAAUGUUGGUUGCUCUGAUUGAAUUCCAGAUCGUUACUGGAGUUUUGAUAGCAUAUGUUGUUAAUUAUGCGUUCGCUAACAUCUCGCAAGGUUGGCGAUGGAUGUUUGGUAUUAAUCUCAUUCCAGCUGUGCUGCAACUCAUUGGUGUGUUCUUUCUCCCAUCAAGUCCUCGCUUUAUGAUUAAGAAAGGCUAUGAUGAAAAGGCAAGUCUCAUCCUAAUGAAAAUCAGAUCCUAUUCCAAUGUUGCCGAUGAAAUAACAACCAUCAAAUCUUCCUUGAGCAAUGAAAGCAAUUAUACAUUUCUGGACUUAUUUCGGACAAAGGAAAACAUAAGGCGACGAGUGGGCAUAGGAUUUGGUUUGGUUAUAUUCUUGCAAGCUUCAGGCCAACCAAAUGUUUUAUAUUAUGCAUCAACUAUCUUAAGAUCCGUUGGAUUUGCAAGUGAGAAAACGGCAACCUUAGCUUCAAUAAGUGUAGGGCUGGUGAAAGUGCUUGGCACAGUUACAACAAUGUUCCUCAUCGAUCGAAUAGGACGCAGAGCAUUUCUUUACAUUGGAAGUAUUGGUAUGAUUGUAAUGUUGAUUUUUCUGGCAAUGGUAGUGCAUGAAAUUCCAUUGCAAUUCAGGGAUGUCUGCCAUCCACCCAAUUAUACUUAUCAUCAGCAAAAUAAUGUCACAUAUUCAAUGCCUGGAUAUAAUUCAACAACUCCCACUGUCUUUGCAUCAAAGGCACAUGUUGGUUCAUCUGAAAUUAGAAACUCUUCAAUUAUGGAACAAAAUAACAUGGGAAAUACAACAAUGUCUGUGAAGAAUAGAGAUGGGAUGGAACAAGUCUCUCCUUUGUUGAAAUGGCUGUCCCUUGCUUGCCUCCUUACAUAUAUUGCUGCCUAUUCAAUAAGUUUUGGACCAGUGGUGUGGGUACUGCUGAGUGAACUAUUUCCACUUGGGAUAAAAGGCAGAGCUGUAGCUUUCAUAGGAAGCUUGAAUUGGUGUUUGAACCUGGUUAUUGCUCUAACCUUUUUGUCCAUGACAGAUUAUGUUGGGCUGACAUGGAUGUUUCUGAUUUAUGCCAUGCUCAGUUUUGGCGGGCUGAUUUUUAUCAUUUUAUUUAUACCUGAGACUAAGGGUCGGACGUUAGAGAACAUAUCAGAACAACUAGCCAAAGGGUACGAUAUAACUGGAGCUUGCAGUUUGACUGAACGUAUAAAGAAACUGCUCCCAGAACGAUGUUGGAAACACAAAGAUGAAAAUAUAUAUGAGAACAUGGAGGAAGAUUAGACUUGGCACUUUGACUGCAGCUCUGCAGGACAACCUAAGGCACACUACUUAGUCCAUCAUUGCCAAGUACCUGGUCACAGAGAAGCAUCCUGAUGAUGCACACCGAUGAUGGGGAUGGAUACUUUCAUGGUAAUACACAACUCACAAGAGGCCAAAUGGAAAAGGAGCUACAAGAAGAGCAUAAGGUUUUAAACAAGAUUUUUAUGAAAAUUGAUUUCAUAAACUAUUUUUCAAAAUACACAAUAUCUGGCCAGUGUGUUGGAGACUACCAGCAGCAUGAGAAGAAACAUUAAGGUGUCUACUUAGUAUAGAAACCUAUGGGUGAAUGAAAAUCAGGGAAAUUACUGAGAGGUGACUUAAUCAUUGAUCAUUCUGGACUAGCUUGCUUCCAAAUUGACGUGGUUGACUGAGAGAGCUUGAGGACCUUCCGUGAGCAAAGUUGAGAUAUGCACAAAGAUGACUGAAAUCUAGCCUAUUGGACAAACUAUGUAGUCAACAUUCACCAGAGGAUGUAGCCCAAUGCUUUCUCCAUCAUUGUUGUGGACUUCAACAAUCAUCAUCAUCAUCGUUGAAAACAUCAACGGGUACGGUGCCUUACAAUGCUAUGUACGACAGUGAUCACAGCUUCUACUGAAGUGUGGAUGGCCGUUGGCUCGCUAGGAG